GCACGAGUUAUCUUGCAUUGAUUUGACUAGAAACCGGUUUGAAAGCACGAAUUUAGUGUUAUAAAAGCAUACUCUCUUUUUUUUUCGAAACAACUUUCCUUUAUAACAGUGUACUACAAGUAAUAGUGGAAAUGGACAAGCCUAAAAUCUUCAGCGCUUUGAACUUGGGUGUCGGCGCCGUUCUCGGACUUACUGGCCUUAUUAAAGUAUUUUCAUUUAAUCUGGCGAAUGUCUUUUUAGGUUUAUUUAUCAUUCUCUUUGGUCUUGGUACCAUUGCAUUAGAGCGUGAAGUCCCUUCGGUGGCUGUCAAAUAUGCCUCCUUUAUGUUCUCAUUCUUGGGAAGAGGCUUUUUCUAUCUAUUUAUGGGAUCUUUGCUCUGGUCCUUUAGCGGAUUCACAUCGUUCCUUGGCUUUUUAGUGCUCCUUGUUGGUGCUGGUUUCUGUGCUGCCAACUAUGUCGCCGGACUCCAGGACUAUGCUCCUCGUAGUAUGCGCGAUACCGACUGGGAUGAUACAGUAGAUGAAGUCUAAUUCUUUUAAUGGCGAACUUUUGGAAAUCUCAGCCUGCCGCUGUACGUACGUUUUAUGUCUAACAACUCGUCCUUUUUCUAUUUCAUCUUGCCAUUAUUUUAUAUUAUGUUAUUAUUAUCGAAAGUCUAUGGUGAUUAUUUAUCUUCGUCCCUCUCUUUUCGCUCCUAACCUUGUCGAAGGUGUACUUUUCACGACGAAUCGAAAACUACUAUAUAGAUAUACACAUUUUAACACUGUUCACGACAAAAUUUGAAUUGAAUGUCAAGGUUUGAUUACAAAAUGAGUGAUACAAACAUAUUGUGGUGAGUAGAAGUAAGCCUUAUGAAAGUUCGUCUGUAGAUACAAAGUAGCUUUCUUCCUUUUUUUUUUCUUUUU